AUCUGUGGGGGAACGGACCGUUGCGAAUGCAACUUCCGGCCCGACCAGGUCCAGGGAGCUCCUGCUUUCGCGGUGGGAGUCCCGCGGUUGCCGGACCCCGAGUGGCCAUGUGGCGGCUGCUGGCUCGUGCUGGGGCGCCGCUCCUGCGAGCGCGGGUGUCAGAUUCUUGGGCCGUCCCGCCCGCCAGCGCUGGCCUCAAGACGCUGCUCCCGGUGCCGACUUUUGAGGAUGUUUCCAUUCCUGAAAAGCCCAAGCUUCGAUUUGUUGAAAGGGUACCACUCGUGCCAAAAGUGAGAAGAGAACCUAAGAACUUGAGGGACAUCCGGGGACCUUCUACUGAAGCUACUGAGUUCACAGAAGGCAGUUUUGCAAUCUUGGCACUGGGUGGUGGUUACCUCCACUGGGGCCAUUUUGAAAUGAUGCGCCUGACGAUCAACCGCUCUAUGGACCCCAAGAACAUGUUUGCUUUAUGGAGAGUACCAGCCCCUUUCAAGCCUAUCACCCGCAAGGGUAUGGGACAGCGCAUGGGGGGAGGCAAAGGUGCCAUUGAUCACUACGUGACUCCCGUGAAGGCUGGCCGUCUCAUAGUAGAGGUGGGUGGGCGUUGUGAAUUCAAAGAGGUACAAGGUUUUCUGGACCAGGUUGCCCACAAGUUGCCCUUCCCAGCAAAGGCCGUGAGCCGUGAGACUCUAGAGAAGAUGCGGAAAGAUCAAGAGGAACGGGAACAGAACAACCAAAACCCCUGGACCUUUGAGCGCAUAGCCACUGCCAACAUGCUUGGGAUACGGAAAGUCCUAAGCCCGUAUGACUUAACCCAGAAGGGGCGGUACUGGGGCAAGUUCUAUAUGCCUGAACGUGUGUAGUGAGAAUGGGAGACAUAAAUGUACAAAGGCUACCAAAAGAAAAUCUACAUUUUUAUUCCCCUCAGCCUACCUUUAACAGACUGUGGGUGGCACUGAUAAUCUAACCCAGGAGCAGUAUGAGUAAAUGAUUUGUGAAAAAUUGUAGAAUAUCCAUUGAUUUUUUUAAGUGCAUUAUAUAACUUCUCAUUGGUCACUCCUAAUCCUUAAAUGAUUACCAAGCCAGCUUCACUGAUUGUUAGUGGGUCCAGUUCUCCCCAGCUGGAAGAUGCAUAUCUUCAGGGCUGAAACAAAUGCCUCCAUCUCCCAUCUCUGGUAUAAGUUGGAUUUAACGUCUGCCUGGGUUUCCUUGCUGUCCAAGUCUGCUUCACAUCGCUUCAUUUUUACCAAAGAGCUACAUUGGUACCUGUUUUCCUCAAACUGAAAGAAAUCUGAAGAAGAUUUUUGCUUUACAAAAUGGUAAUUUUUCACUGUAUAUUGUUUCAGUUUUAGGAACACUACUUUUGGACACUGGGAGAAUUCUGUACUACCUUUUAUAGCACAGGAGCUAGUUGGUCUUUACUAGUUACAGAUGUUUUUGGAAAGCAAAAACACACCAGUACAUAUAUUAAUUGAACAGAUAUUUAUUUAUGCCCAACUACCCAUCUCUCAAUUUUGGAAGACAAAGGGGAAUGUUGGACAAUAUGCUAAGGAACAUACCCUUGCCUUUUAACACAAGUAAGUGAUAAAAGUUGCAGUUGGCCUUUCCUAGGUCUGAAACUCUCCGAGGAGGCCGAGUAUUUGGCUCUACCUUUGUGGCCCCACAGGUUCUAGGACAGUGCGGUGUGCCGCACGGCACUCAAUUAGUUACUGUUGGAUGAAUAAAGGCCCCAUGUGUCUCAAAUCCC